GAGGCUGGGAGGCCAGGCCCGGCCUUUGUUCGCCACGCUUCUCUCCCAUCCUCCCUGCCCAGUGUGGGCCUCCUCCAGGAGAGCUUAGCUGACCCUCAAGAAGUUCCUAGAAUAAAAUCAAGCCCCUCCACAGCUGCACUAAGGCCAUGUGACCUGACAGGGCCCUGGGUCUGCCUCAGCCUCUUGGGUGGGGGACAGGGGUCCACUUGGCUCUUUCAUAGACUUUGCUCUGGGUCCCCAGCGCCCAGCCCGGAAAAGGUCAAGGCCUUGGCCCAGAGAGCAGAGUCUCCGUUCUUCCUAGACAGACCUGAUUUCUUUGAUUACCCAGACUCGGACCAAGCCAGGCUCCUGGCCGUGGCCCAGUUCAUUGGCGAGAGACCUGUCAUCUUUGUUAACUCAGGUUCUGACUCCAGUUUCUUCCAUCAUAUUCUGGUGGGUGCUCUGGUGGCGGCCUUCUUCUUCCUGCUUUUCCAGUUCUGCACACACAUGUAA